AUGACGGAUAGUAGCGAUGCUAAACUAAGGCGUAAGAAUGACAAGAAAGAUAAGAAGGCCGCGCAAAAGAUUCAAGAAACAGCGACUAGGAAGAAAAUCGUAGUGACCGAGCAGAAAGAGUCGAUUAUACUGAAGAAAAACAAGCAGAAUAAGAAGCAUAAGCGCGUUUGUGACGAGAUUGAGUACGAUGUUGACAGUUCAAAGAAGCUAAAGAAACAUAAGAAGAAGAAGGAUAAGGAGCACAAGAAGAAUGACAAUGACGAAGCACGCAAUACGGACUUUUCGAAUGAUCCAUACCAGCAACCAGCAGCCAAGGACGGUAGCUUUAAAAAGGCUUUUUAUAUGGAAGGUAACGACACAGCUAAGAUGACUAACGAAGAGGUCUCAACUUUUCACGAGGCUAAUCAAAUGAUUCUUAGUGGUAACAAAUGCCUCUACCGUCCCGUGCUGAGCUUUGAUGACGUCACGUUUGAGUCCAAGUUCAUGAAAACUACCAAGGGCUUUGAUAAACCCACACCAAUCCAGAGUCAGUGCUGGCCUAUUUUAGCUUCAGGACGUGAUAUCAUUGGUAUCGCCGAGACGGGAUCGGGUAAGACAUUGGCGUUUGCCAUCCCAGGUCUGAUCCAUAUUGCUGCUCAGCCUGAGUUGUCGCCCAAGUUUCCAGGACCGCGCAUGCUCGUAGUAGCACCUACGCGCGAACUUGCAAUGCAGAGUUCGGCAGUGAUUGUGGAGGCUGGGAAGAAGUGCGGACUCAAGUGCGUCUGCAUUUACGGUGGUGUGCCCAAGCAGACGCAAAAGAAGGCAUUACGAGACGGCGUGCACGUCGUGGUGGCAACACCUGGUCGUCUGAAAGACUUGAUUGAAGAACAUUCGUGCAACUUAUCCAAGGUUACGUUUAUGGUGCUUGACGAGGCUGACCGUAUGCUUGACGAGGGUUUUGAAAAGGAUAUUCGCGCAAUAAUUGGCGGCACUCACCCGGAACGCCAAAUUGCCAUGUUCAGCGCAACGUGGCCUCAGUCGAUUCAAAAACUGGCCCAUGAGUUUCUUACUGAUCCCGUAAAGGUAACGAUUGGUUCAGAUGAACUGGCUGCCAGUCACAACGUCACACAAAUUGUUGAAGUCAUCGAUGACCGUGCCCGUAAUGCCCGUGUCCACACUCUGCUGCAGGAAUACCACUCGAGCCGCAAGAACCGCAUCUUGCUGUUCGUGCUAUACAAGAAGGAGGCCGAUCGCGUUGAACGUAUGCUACACCAACGUGGCUGGACAUGUGUUGCCAUUCACGGCGACCGUAAUCAACACCAGCGUUCCGAGGCUGUUGAACAGUUUAAGUCUGGCAAGGUACCUUUGCUGAUUGCUACGGAUGUUGCUGCUCGCGGUCUUGAUAUUCCUGGUGUCGAAUACGUUUUGAACUAUUCAUUUCCGCUAACAAUUGAAGACUACGUGCACCGAAUCGGUCGCACAGGUCGUGGUGGUAAGAAGGGAACGUCUCACACAUUCUUCACCGCUAAUGACAAGCCGCGUGCCGGUGAGCUUGUGAAUCUGCUGCGUGAAGGUAACCAGGAGGUACCAUCGGAUUUGAUCAAGUUUGGUACGCAUGUUAAGAAGAAAGAGCACAAGCUGUAUGGUGCUUUUGCCAAGAACAUUGACGUCACAAAGAAGGCGACUAAAAUUACUUUCGGUGAUGAUGACGAGUGA